AUGCUGACAGCGGCCAGGCUGACCACAGUCAAUACACGCUCUUUUCUGCUCCCUGUACACUACCCCUACCAGCGCGCGAAUGAAGGGAUGACCGCGCUCUCACACACCUACGCCCGGCACAAUGCUACCCAACUACUAGCCCAGGGUUUGCGCAGGACCAUGCAGUUCGCGAAAUAUCUUUACGAUAUGGAUGAUCUACCGAAGGUUUCUACCGCUACGUUCAUUGGAAUCACUGUCGCUAUCGCCGGAAAUGUUCUCAUCUCACUUGCGCUCAAUCUACAAAAACUAGCACACCGACGGCUGGAGGAUGAUAAGGCUGGAAGGUCAGAAGAGUUAUCAGUUAGACGCCAUACCGACAACAAUAGCGAGUCUGCCGUAGACGGAUCGAAGCCAGGCGACAGACAACCCUUGACGAAUAACGUACCCCGAAGCUACGGCGCGAGGGAAUCGACUGCGAGUAUCGACCCCCUACCGGAACACAAACGCACGUCCUGGGGAUGGCUGAUACCCUUGAAGCCUCGCGGCAAACGCGAUAUUGCAGAAGAAGAGGCAGCGACUUUGACUCGGCCCCUUCGAGUAGACGUAAUGACUGAAGAAACCGACCGUGAUGCCGAGAAUGGACACGGUUCGCAUGGACCCCGUACGCCGUCGGAGGGGAACGAGAGCGACUACUUGAAGUCGAAAUUAUGGCGAGUCUCUUGUCUAGUAUUGAUGUGUCUUCAUAACACCAUGAUAAAGGUGGCUUGGGUUCUGUCUCAUGAAUCCUCAGUAGUCGCGCCUCUAGGCACGUUUGCGCUCAUCGCCAACUGCAUAUUUGCGCCGGUGAUGCUUGGGGAACGUUUUAGAAAGCGUGACCUUUUAGGAAUGUUCAUUGCUAUCAUUGGCGCGGUGACCGUUGUACUUUCGUCCAAUUCAUCAAAUGUACGAUUGGACCCCGACGCCCUCAUGCACGCGAUAUUCCAGACCCCUUUCGUGGUCUACACAAUCAUAUAUAUCAUUGCUGGAAUCUCGCUCGCAAGUUUAUCUCAUGGGCCGUUAGGAAAGCAAUGGGUGUUUAUUGAUGUUGGACUGUGUGCAGUAUUUGGUGGAUUCACCGUGUUGUCCACUAAGGCAAUAUCAACGCUGCUUACCUUGGAGUGGCUCGACAUCUUCAAACAAUGGAUUACAUACCCGGUCAUUGUAGUCCUGAUUGGUACUGGGAUUGGCCAAGUGAGAUAUUUGAAUCGAGCACUCAUGCAAUUCGACAGCAAGACCGUUAUACCCAUACAAUUCGUCUUCUUCACGCUUUCGGCCAUCAUCGGUUCGGCAAUAUUGUAUGGAGACUUCAAGACGGCUAGAUUCCACCAAAUAGUCACUUUCAUAUACGGAUGCGCGGCUACAUUUUUGGGCGUUUUCAUCAUCGCUUGGGCUCCAGAGAACAAUUCGCCCGAAGAUGAGGAGGAGGAACCCGAUGUCGCUGAUACCACCCCGUUGGCUAGCCCAAGGGGCGACACGUCAAGACUGCAAGGCUCUGUCAGUAGGCGGCGCCGGGCCGCCGUUGUUCAACCUGAGGAGUUCGCCCUGCCCCCCGUGUUGAAAACUAAACGGAGUUCGAUCGCUAUCGGCCUCUCUUCUGCCCAGCAAUUAUUAUUGGUCCAUUCGCCGACUCACGGUUCACCUGAUCGUCCGCGCGUUUGGGAUGCCGAGAGCGACCCACUACGGACGCCUACUGGCUCCAUCACGCGACGGCGAGCCAUAAGUUGGUUCGGGGAGGAUGGCCGUGGCGGCGGGGUAACACAACUAUACCCAUUGGAUACGUCUGCAGAUAUGCCCCCCUCGUGA